UUCCCAGCAGGCAGUGCGCGGCGCCCCUUGCUUCCUCGGCGUCUCGGAGCGAGCGCGUGAGCGGUGGACUGCGGCCGAGCCAUGGCGCUUCACGUCCCCAAGGCCCCGGGCUUUGCCCAGAUGCUCAAGGAUGGAGCCAAACAUUUCUCGGGAUUAGAAGAGGCUGUGUAUAGAAAUAUACAGGCCUGCAAGGAGCUUGCUCAGACUACUCGCACAGCGUACGGACCAAAUGGAAUGAAUAAAAUGGUCAUCAAUCGCCUGGAGAAGUUGUUUGUGACAAACGAUGCAGCGACUAUUUUAAGAGAGCUAGAAGUGCAGCAUCCUGCUGCAAAGAUGAUAGUGAUGGCCUCUCAUAUGCAAGAACAAGAGGUUGGUGAUGGCACAAACUUCGUUCUGGUGUUCGCUGGGGCUCUUCUGGAACUAGCUGAAGAACUUCUGAGGAUUGGCCUGUCAGUAUCAGAGGUAAUAUCGGGGUAUGAAAUAGCUUGCAAAAAAGCUCAUGAGAUCCUUCCUGAGUUGGUAUGUUGUUCUGCCAAAAACCUUCGAGAUGUUGAUGAAGUGUCCUCUCUGCUUCGAACCUCCAUCAUGAGUAAGCAGUACGGCAGCGAGACGUUUUUGGCCAAGCUUAUUGCUCAGGCUUGUGUUUCUAUCUUUCCUGAUUCUGGCAAUUUCAAUGUUGAUAACAUCAGAGUAUGUAAGAUUCUGGGCUCUGGUAUUUAUUCAUCCUCAGUAUUACAUGGCAUGGUUUUUAAGAAGGAAACUGAAGGUGAUGUGACAUCUGUCAAAGAUGCAAAGAUAGCUGUGUACUCUUGUCCGUUUGAUGGCAUGAUAACAGAGACAAAGGGGACCGUGCUGAUUAAGACUGCCGAGGAGCUAAUGAACUUCAGUAAGGGAGAGGAGAACCUCAUGGAUGCUCAGGUGAAGGCCAUUGCAGGCACUGGUGCAAAUGUCAUAGUAACAGGCGGCAAAGUGGCGGACAUAGCUCUUCAUUAUGCUAACAAGUACAAUAUCAUGUUGGUGAGACUGAACUCAAAGUGGGAUCUCAGACGACUCUGUAAAACAGUUGGUGCCACAGCUCUUCCAAAAUUGACUCCUCCCGUCCAAGAAGAAAUGGGACAUUGUGACAGUGUUUACCUCUCAGAAGUUGGAGAUACACAAGUGGUUGUUUUUAAGCAUGAAAAAGAAGAUGGUGCCAUUUCUACUAUAGUUCUUCGAGGUUCUACAGACAAUCUGAUGGAUGACAUAGAAAGGGCAGUAGAUGAUGGAGUUAAUACUUUCAAAGUUCUCACAAGGGAUAAGCGUCUUGUACCUGGAGGUGGAGCUACCGAAAUUGAAUUGGCUAAACAAAUCACAUCAUAUGGAGAGACGUGUCCUGGGCUUGAACAGUAUGCUAUUAAGAAGUUUGCUGAAGCGUUUGAAGCGAUUCCACGGGCACUGGCAGAAAAUUCUGGCGUGAAGGCCAAUGAAGUUAUCUCUAAACUUUAUUCCGUACACCAAGAAGGAAACAAAAAUGUGGGGUUGGAUAUCGAGGCUGAAGUCCCUGCUGUAAAGGAUAUGUUAGAAGCCAGUAUUUUAGAUACUUACUUGGGAAAAUACUGGGCUAUUAAACUGGCCACUAAUGCUGCAGUCACUGUACUAAGAGUGGAUCAGAUCAUCAUGGCAAAACCAGCUGGUGGGCCCAAACCUCCAAGUGGGAAGAAGGACUGGGAUGACGACCAGAAUGACUGAGGAACUUGUCAUAGGUUAAGAGUUGUGUUUGUAGAGUAGAACUUGCCCAGUGUUUUAUUUUUCUUAUUUGUGUUUGUACUCUGCUGGGUGGUACAAUAAAUGUGUUACUGUUAUGGCCGUCUGUUUAAUCACUCACAUGACUGUUCUCAUUGUAUACUUGACCAUAUCUAUUGGGAAAGACACUUUCUAGUCUGUUGUUUAUCUCAUUUCCAAAGUUGUUCCCCCAAUCCCAUGGCCUUGAAAGUCUGGCUUCUAAAUGUUUGUUGUUUAUCCCAUAGCAAACAAAAAAAGUUCAGACAGUGUCCUAAUUAAUAUAAGGCUUUUCAAUAGUGGCUGGGCCAGAGUUUAUGCGCACACACUGACACCAAGAUUUCACAUUGCUCCCAAUCCUAAUCUCAGCACUAGAAUAGUGAAACAUGGUGUUGCCAGUAGUGGGUACAGUAAAUAACAACUUAAACUCUAAUAAAACAAGUUUUGGGAAUAUCAGUUUAUUGAUGUGUCAAGCACUACCACCCAGUCAGAGUAAGCACAGAACUUAGUUAUUCAAAUCCUUCCUAAAGUUGAAACUAGAAGGAAUAAAAACCAGUAUGCUAAUACAAAACCGCUGUAAAUUAUUUUGCCUGUAUUUAAAUAAAUAAACAUGAUUUUUUUUCUGUCAUUUAC